GCGCUGGGAACCGAACCGCGGUGCUGCUACGUCCGCCAGUGGCAGGGCUAGGUGCGCACGCCACGCCUCGUUUUUACUCCUGCCUGACCACUAUCAAAUCAAUCAUCCGCCGCUCCUCUGAGAGUCUGAGUUUGACAGAGGCCUCUCACACCCUUCUAGUCUUCUUCCACCUCGCAACAAGUUCAGCAGGCGCACCAGAGACAGAGCUAAGAGAUAAAGAGAAGAUGCAGGCUGCCUGAUCAGAUGAUGUGAACAAGGGCUCGCCGUUACGCAUGGAGAUGGGCAGCGACCACAGCGCCAAGAAGCCGAGGCUGGAGCAGCUGCCUAGCGGCCCCUUGAAUCAGGAGAUUGUAGUUCACGAACCGGCCGGCGGAGGCGUUGCGGCCGUGGCUGCGGAGCACGUCCCGACGAAGAGGGCUGAGGUCGGCAUGAAGAUAGAUGUUACCGUGCUCCAGUGCCCACUCUGCCUCCGCCCCUUGAAGCCUCCCGUGUUCCAGUGUAAGGGCGGGCACCUGGCCUGCGCCGGCUGCCUCGACGGGGCGUGCGUGAAGUGCGGCGCGGCAUUCGACGUCCCCAACACGGCCAUGGACGCCGUGGUCGCCGUGGCGAGGGUGCAGUGUCCCCACGACGGCUGCGAAACAUAUGUUCCUUACCACGAGGUGCAGGAACACGAGAGCGUGUGCCCGCACGCGCCAUGCCACUGCACGGAGCCCGGCUGUGGAUUCGCCGGCGCGACGCCGGAGCUCGUCGCCCACCUGGCUGCCGCCCACGCCAUGCCGGUGCUCAAGGUCCCGCGCUUCAAGGCCACCCGGAUCCAGGUCACUGUGCCAGAGCCGGUGCGCCGUCUGCUCGUCUGCGCCGAGGAUGAAGGCGGCGCGUUUCUCCUGACCUUGGGCGCGCUUGGCGACGCCACCCUCGUGUCGGCGGUGUGCGUCCGGCCGGCCGGGUGCGAGUGGCCGCGAUACAAGGUAAAGAUGUGGUCGUCGAACGGGCCAGCACCGGUGGCGCUCGCGGCGGACCGCAGGAUGGACAUCGUGCUAGCAGACUUUGAGGCGACGAGCAGCGCGACGCCAGGGGCCAUCACGUUCGACAAGCUGACGUCGUACCUCAUCGUACCUCCGGGAUACUUGGUCGGAGAUGGGCCGUCCAAGGAGCUGCCCCUCCAAAUUCGCAUCGAGAAGACCACCUCUUGAUCGUUUCAUCUGUUGACGGUCAAGUGCUCUUUAGUACGUAGUAAUCGUCUAAUCAUGCUAUGCAGUGUUUAAUUUAGUUUUUGUUGGACAUGUUCUGAGAAGUGGUGAAUUUUGGUUGCAAUGUGCAACGAAAUACUAGUUACCAGUAAACACCAGAUGAGGGAGGUACUCUGCUAGAAA